AUGUCCGAACUGCUUCCACUCAUCGGUAACUCUGCCUCGCAGCGUCCAAUCCACCACUCCAUUGUGGCUGGUGCAAAAUUGACCUUGUUGUCUUCUCCCGUAAACUACCUUCUUGUGUUUGUUCCAUUGGGUUUGUUGGCUGGAAUUUUGGAUUGGGGUGCCACCGCUAUUUUCUGGAUUAACUUCUUUGCCAUUGUGCCAUUGGCACUGAUUCUUGCCUUUGCUACCGAGGAAUUGGCCGAGCAUACUGGCCAGACCGUUGGAGGGCUCUUGAAUGCCACGUUUGGUAAUGCCGUGGAGCUUAUUGUCUCCAUCAUCGCCUUGAAGGACAACCAGGUGCGUAUUGUCCAGGCUUCCAUGCUUGGCUCCAUCUUGUCCAACUUGUUGUUGGUGUUGGGAUGUUGUUUCAUCGCUGGUGGCCUCACUCGUGUCCAGCAAACUUUUAACCAGACUGUAGCCCAAACCAUGUCUUCGCUCAUGGCAUUGGCCACCGCCAGUCUUUUGAUUCCUGCUGCUUUCCAUGCAUCUAUGCCUACUCCAAGGGACGGUGUCAACUUCCCUGAUCCAAACUCUGAUUCUGACCUGAAAAUCUUGAGCUUGUCCCGUGGUGUGGCCAUUAUCUUGCUUGUGCUCUACAUCUUGUACUUGGUGUUCCAAUUGAAGACCCACAAGGCUUUGUUUGAAGAGCAGUCGCAGGAGGCCGACGACGGAAUCAUCACCUCUUUACCUAAUGAGACAUCCAAGUCCGAGGACGAGCAUUUGUCAGUGGUUGGUUCAUUGACCGCAUUGGUUAUUGCAACAGUUUUGGUUUCAUUCUGUGCUGACUACUUGGUUGGCUCCAUUGACGAUAUUGUUGAGCUGUCUGGUUUAUCUAAGACAUUUAUUGGUUUAAUUGUCAUUCCAAUUGUAGGUAACGCGGCUGAACAUGCAACUGCCAUCAUCGUGGCCAUGAAAGACAAGAUGGACUUGGCAAUCGGUGUUGCUGUGGGCUCAUCUUUGCAAAUUGCCAUUUUUGUUACUCCAUUCAUGGUGAUUAUUGGCUGGAUUAUCGAUGUGCCAAUGUCGUUGUACUUCUCCACCUUCGAGACUGCGAUCUUAUUCGUAUCCGUGUUCAUCAGUAACUUGGUGAUUCUUGACGGCGAAUCCAACUGGUUGGAGGGCGCAAUGCUUUUGAGUACCUACUUAAUAGCCGCAUUGGCUUUCUUCUAUUACCCAGACAACCAAGCCGUCUAG